UUCCCUCUGUCUCUUCUUUUCUCUCCGCCGCCGAGAACCGUAAGCUUAUCUCUCUCCUCAUUCAUCACCGUUCCGAACCCUAAAAUCCUUCUUCUCUCACUCACUCACUACUCGGACAAUUUCUCUUCUCUGCUCUGAAACUUCUUUGUCUUACAGUAAGGUUGUAAUGCAGAAAUCACGAGAAAGCGGUUUCUUGUUCUGUAAUAUGUGUUCGACGAUGCUGGUUUUGAAAUCAAGCAAGUAUGCGGAGUGUCCACUAUGCAAAACAGCGCGAAAUGCUCAAGAGAUCAUUGGCAAGGAUAUAUCUUACGUAGUUUCUGAUGAGGAUAUCAGAAGAGAACUUGGAAUAUCUCUGUUUGGUGAAAAAACGCAGGAAGACACUGAGCUACCAAAGAUCAAAAAGGCCUGCGAGAAAUGCCAGCACCCUGAGCUUGUAUACACGACCAGACAGACAAGAUCAGCAGACGAAGGACAAACAACGUAUUAUACUUGCCCCAACUGUGGACAUAGAUUCACUGAAGGUUGAGAUUAUUACAGUAUUCUGCAUGAGAUUCAACAUAUAAUGCCAGUUUUGUAUUCUUAGAUUUAUGUUACAGACUUAAUGUUCUAUGUCAUGGUCAAAACCUUAUGUACUAUUGAUUCUUACAUUUAUGGUACGAGCUCAUUAGUCAAUUUCAUGAAUCAAAAACCUUAUGUA